UAGCCAAUCAGAACGCCACCGCCUCACUCCUCCAUAACAUCACCAUUUUUCCCUCCCUCUCUUUCCUCCAUCUCCAUUUCACUCUCCUUUUCUCCCACACACCCAGAGUCAGAGUCCCCCCCUUCUCUCUUUCUCGUAAUAGUCGCCAUAUUUUUUAGUUUUUUUUCUCCUUCUCGUUAAAAACAAAACAUCACCAUUCACCCUCACCCCCUCUCUCUCUCUCUUCUCUCUUUCACCCCUAUUUCUGAUGCCCUAAAGGACAAGCAUCACUUCUCAUGGCAGCAGCCUCUCAUCUCAAAACUCAAACCCAACCUACCAAACCCAAACGACGCAAGCACCGCGAGACCACCAUCUCCUCCUCCGCCGCUACCAACUCCGACUCCUACGCCCCUAAUUUCACCCACCACCACCAGAAACGUGACCCUCCCACCGUUGUCUCCCCUGACAGCUCCUGGUGCUGUUCUGCUUCCAAAUCUCUUCCCUCCGCUUCUCCCCCUCCUCCUCCUCCUCCUCCACCACCACCACCACCACAACAGCUUACGACCCCAACCGCCAUUCCAACUAUUCCCCCGACAUUCCCUACUUCAAGUCAAGAGAAAGAACAGAUUUCAGCUAUUAAUUCAGUUAACUCCUCGUCUACAUCUCCAUCUCUAUCACCCUCCCAUUCAGCAUCGCCCUUCAACGUUAAGUCUUCUCCCUGCAGGGUUUCCCCAACCAUGGAUUCCUCUGCUGCUACCUCUGGCAUCGGUGUCAAUGGUGUUGGUGCUUAUGGUGCUUUUCCUUCUAGUUACAGUAAAUUCAACUCUGCCCUUAAUGCCGGUCUCUUAAACCCAAUGUCGCCCCCUCCAGCCCUCGAUAAAACCCGAUCCAGUCCAACCCUCUUCGAGAUGAUGGCCAACGAGCAAGAUUGUCAACUCAGAAACCAGAUCCCACUUCCCAACAACCUUCCGGUGAUUCCCAUUAGGCCCCCGCCCUCUGUCCAGGACAAACAACUGCUGUUGCAGCAACGAGUGGCGGAGAUCCUGGGGAGUUGCAGUCCUGGGAACCAGUUUAACGAUCCGACGUCCAGCGACGUCAAGCUAACCAUGAGCUCCAAGGAUGGAUUUAGCGUUUCCAUGAAUGUUCAUCGUCAGAUCCUUGUUGCCCAUAGUCGAUUUUUCGCUGCCAAGCUCUCUGAUCGGUGGUCGAAGCAGCAGAGGUCGAUUCCCCACAUUAUCGAAAUCUCCGAUUGCGAUGACGUCGAAGUUUACAUCGAGACAUUGAGGCUAAUGUAUUGUAAAGAUCUUCGCAAGAAGCUAAUGAAGGAAGAUGUCUCCAAAGUACUUGGUAUCUUGAAGGUUUCAGCUGCGAUCUCGUUCGAUGCUGGGGUUUUAUCUUGUUUGGAGUACUUGGAAGCGGCUCCAUGGGCCGAAGACGAAGAGGAGAAGGUGGCUUCGCUCUUGUCGCAGCUUCAUCUAGAGGGAGCUGGUGCAGGGGAAGUUCUAAAGAGGGUAUCAGUGGAAGUUGCCACUGGAGCAGAAGACGGGAGCAAUAACGAAGAAGUGCUUCUCAAGCUAUUACAGGUAGUGCUGGAAGGCAAAGACGAGAAAGCGAGGCGAGAGAUGAAGGGAUUGGUGUCGAAAAUGCUUCGGGAGAAUGCAUCCCACAACGAUCUCAGCAAGGAGUCUCUGUACUCUGCCUGUGACGGAUGUCUGGAACUGCUUCGCCUGCAUUUCCUCCGUGCAGCUUCGUCAGACCUACAAGAUGUUGGUCAGAUUGCACGGCAGGCUGACAAUUUGCAUUGGAUUCUGGACAUUUUGAUUGAUCGGCAGAUAGCGGAGGAUUUCUUGAAGACAUGGGCAGCCCAAUCGGAGCUCUCGAAGGCGCACUCUAGAAUACCCCCAAUUCACAGGUUUGAGGUGAGCCGGGUGACCGCUCGGCUGUUUGUGGGGAUCGGCAAAGGGCAGCUGUUGGCCUCUAAGGAGGUGAGAUGCUUGCUUUUGCAGACGUGGUUGGAUCCAUUCUACGACGACUUUGGGUGGAUGAGAAGAGCAUCCAAGGGCCUUGACCGGCACUUAAUUGAAGAUGGUCUCAGCAACACCAUUCUCACUCUGCCUCUGGCUUGGCAGCAGGAGAUAUUGCUGGCUUGGUUUAAUCGAUUCCUCAACUGUGGUGAAGAUUGUCCCAACAUACAAAGAGGCUUCGAAGUCUGGUGGAGGAGAGCUUUCUGGAGACGAAAUGGCGAGCCCGAACGUCCUCCCCAAUUCAGAGUAGCGACUGCUGGUUGCGAGAAUUUGUAAGCAAAAUAACACUAAUUCAAAUUUCAAACACGGGUUUGUGGGGUAUUGAUUCCUUAAAAUGGGUGUUCUUUUUAUUACC